AUUUAUUCAAGUCCCAUCGGCUCAACAUAAAGCUGUCGGUUCUACUAUCACUUUGCUUUGCUUUUCUCACAAACGUAUUUAUAUCCGUCUAUCAUCUAUUCAAUCUGACCAUAUAUCCUCCUCUCGUCUAGGAACUCGUUCAUCAUUCCCUCCUUACUCCAAUACCUUAUUGUCAAAACCCAUAACCCAUCAUCAAAGACCUAGCUUCAUCAAGUUACUCAUUUGUGACCUUGCUUGCUUGUUCAUUCAUCAUAAAAAUUCGUUCUCAGCUUCAUUUGCGCCAGCAUCGAAUUUCCCGAUUAUAUAUAUAUAUAACUAUGUAAAUUACUAUUAUCAUCAUGAGAGCCAGAGAUCCACACCCGGCGGAUUUAGAAAAAGGCAUUGAGAACAUAGGUUGGUAUCUAGGUAUGCACAUAGGUAGUAAGAUACCUACAUAGAAUACUUAGAGUAAGCAAGCUCCUCGGGGGGUUUUUUAGACGGUUGUAACAAGACAACACAACCAACCAACUCACUGGCGCGGCGGCUGAAUGCAGUUAGACCCAUCUUAGCAAAGCUUAAGUAAGUCACUCGCUAAUCUACCUACAACUAUGUAAUCAACCUCACCUUCAAGAGAGACCUCGAGCGCUCACCGCCCGCUCCAAGCGUUCGUUCAAGUUUCACAAGAUCCAGACGUCCGUCUCACAAUGGCCCCUUCAGGCGCAUCUUACAACAUCGACUGGGUGUGGUCCUUCGAUUCAAACGUCCACGUGGCCACGGACCAAGCGUGGUUCACACCAGGCUCAUUCACACCCUUGACGUCCCGCAUCACCAGUAACACACACGAUAGCAGCGCUCCAUACACAGUAGAAGGCACAGGCACAGUCGAGCUCGAGGUCCGCAGAGUAAUCGGGGCCACGUCAAAGCGGGCCGUCGGCCCGAAGAAUUCCAAAGUCGUCCUGCACGACGUUCUCUACGUGCCGAGCUUCAUCUGCAACGUCAUGGGCGAUCCGGUGAGAGGGAGUGAUUACGACGUUUCCAUCGGCGCCGAGCGGUGGAUCAUGGACAAGAAGACCGGGCGGGGGAUCGGCAUACUGGACAAGAACCCCGCUGGCUUGGUCAAGGUCCUGUUGAAGGGCCAGGCGAAGGGGGAGACGGGGUUGAAAGGGGAUCAUGUGCCCCAGAGGAUCAGUGUUACUUGGUCGGAUGAGGAAAGGAAGAAGUGGCAGCAGGCCCCAACAUGAGAUGACCCGAAGCGGGCUGGAACAAACAGUUGUCUUGGAACGAGCUUAUCCACGCGCACAACACACGAGUCUCAAUAUGAAAAUAUAUAAAUAGGUAUAUAUAUAUAGUGUUCGUUCGUAUCGCGUUGCAUCGCGUCACGUUGUCCGUCUAAUUAAUAUGCCCCCCAACCUAAAAUAACAAUAAUAAUAAUAAUAAAGAAUAAACCGCUCGUUUUUCGUUGCUGAAAAGCGGGAGGGAGGGCUAACCCGUCUGAAAUCACGUAAAAAUAAAGAUAAAAAGAACACCUUUCCUCCUCGUUUCCCCCGGCCCCCCCUUUGAAACGCCUGCGAUGCCAGUUUCCCUUCUGCCUUGAAUCCAAG